CGUUCGUAGAACGUGCGGGUCUGAAACGGGCGAAGCUUUCGUUGGCACAGCGCCGAGAAAGGCCGGAUGGACAAGCCACCGCUCGGUCGCGACGGGCGCAACCGCAGCUCGUCCAUGGACAGCACGUACGCGUGCCCCGUCUUUGCCGAGCCCGUCGCCGCGCCAAGCUCGAGCAGCAGCAGCAAGCGGUCGCGGUCGCGGACGUCGUCGUUCUCGCGCGAGAUGAGCGACGUCAACGUGUCACGGCUGCCCGCCGCGCCGCAGCUCCCGAGCGUGCCGUACCCGGUCGACCCGUACCACUUUUCGUGCCACCACAGCGUCGACACGAAGGACGCGGUCGCCGAGGUCAUGCGGUCGCUGAACCGGCACGACGUCGACCUUGUCUUCCAAGUGCACAAGUGCAAGUUCAAAUGCGUCAAAUACGUGGCGUACGACCGCAUCGACUUUAACAUUCGGCUCUACCGCGCCGAGACGCAGUCGCUUCUCAUCGAGUGCCAGCGGCGGUCUGGUAGUCUUCUCGCGUGGGACACGCUGUACCGAGACAUGUACUGUGAUUUGUGCAGUAUCAUCGACCGGAGCGCGCCAACCUGUGCGCAAAGCGGCGGCCAGAAAAAGGUCCUUCUCGAGACGCCACUUAUCGCGCCGUCCCGGGAUCCGCGCGGAUCGACCUCGUCGGGCAUGGACGUGUUUGUCAUUAUGCUCACGUCCCACUUUGUCGACAUUCGCGCCGAGGGCUGCUCGGCCGUGGCGGCGGCGACGCGGACGCUGGCAACAGCGCACAAGGCGGCGACGUGCGGCCUCAUUGCGCUUCUCAGUGCGCAGAUCCAAGAAAUGUCGGGUUUCGAGCGCUCCACCGUGCUCUCGUCGCAGGCGCCCAUCGUACCGUCCAGCGUUCGACGGGAUAUCGUGCGCUGCGCCGUCGGCGCGAUCGCCAACAUGGCGCUCGCGUAUCCGAGCUGCGCUGGCGCCGGCCCCCACAUUACCGAGCAGUUUCAAUCCGCAUGGUCGUCGAUGCUGCACUGGCUCAAAGCCACCAGCACCGACGAGUAUACGCUCAAGGAGCUCCAGCGCGAAGUGUGUCGAGCGGUCGUGCCGCUCCUCUCGCUGCUUCCAACAGCCAUCUCAGCGCGCGACAAGAGCAUCCUCUUGGCAUUUGUGACCCGCGCGCAGUCGGACGUGACGAUGACGUCAGCGUGCACGCACCUCCUCGACGCCAUCACCCGCGUCCAGAACGUCGCACUGUAAGGAUACACCACAUUCCGAAGCCUCCGCCACGUAGAUAGCAUCAUAUAACAGUGGAGCGUAUCGUAAGACCGUGUGUCGUCGUCACGCGCAUGCCCAGCACGGACGGUGCAAGUGGCACCCUUCUCCGGGCGU